UGAGUGCCGUCGAUUCCGUCGAGAGCGGUGAGUGCCCUCGCUCUCCCGCGCUCAUUGAUUGCGCGCACGUUUGCGUUGCUCUGCUCCGGCUCUCUUUCGUCUCCGGGGGAUUCCACCCGUUUUCUCCUGGUGUACUUGUGUGUGCAAUUACGGUUUUUUUUAUACGGAUCCGUGCUUGUGCUCUUGCUUGCAAUACAUACACGUUGCGCGUACUCAAUCAUUCGCUCGGUAACGUUCACAUCGUGCGGUGCACACUCACUCGUCGUCUCGCGUCUUCUUCGGUCGGUUCGUUCGGUUCGGUGGUCGGUCCGGUCGCUUCUGCUGGCCUCUAUCUCUGUACUGGUUGCUCGGAAUAGUACUGUCUCUUUGUAUUGUGUGUAGUGUGACACACUGGGGCGCACUUGAACACUUUCCUCCACCAGCAAGCGACUUCAGUUGCACAGCGUGAGUGAUAGAGGGAGGAAGUGUACGGUACCGCUCGGUUUCAACACCUUCCAAAACGGAAACAGAAACAGGUACACAGAGACACGGUCUGGCCUAGAGUGGUUCAGGAGAUCCUCGUGAGUCACACAAACGCGCGCGCGGGGGGUCACGGAAUCCUGUCCUGUCGAGUCAGUCUGUAAGUCGCGCUUCGCGAAUCCCGAUCGCUGCUUCGUCUGAACACUGUACAGCAUCUUUGCAGCAGCGGUCGUCAUCGUCGUCGCGUUCUCUGGACAUCAAGAUAAACAAUCUUGCGCGAGUGUGUGCAGUUGCGGUUUUGUGUUUUACGGCACUUCAUCUGACAGGAAGUGCGUGGGUUCGAAUCUCGUACGGUGUGACAAGUGUGCGGAAGCAGGACAGUUGCGUUGUUUAUCGUUGAACAGGAUCCCGACAUCUCAUCCAUCUGGCAGCGAGUGGCAGCAAAGAAACAAACAAACCAGUGCACAGUGUAAUCGGACAUUGAACCGCAUUGAACGUGAAUCGGAGGAGGUGAUUUAGUGCAGUGCAACAAUAACAACGUCGUCCUGAGUGCGUGUAGUCCCUACUUUCGCAAGCUGCUGAAGGCGAAUCCCUGCGAGCAUCCGAUUGUCAUCCUGCGUGACGUGCGCUCCGAGGACAUCGAAAGUCUGCUGAGAUUUAUGUACAACGGCGAGGUGCACAUCGGACAGGAUCAAUUAAGCGAUUUCCUCAAAACGGCACAAUUGCUCCAAGUGCGGGGGUUGGCAGAUGUGACGAACCCGGGCCGAAUGUCCUCCACCGGUGGUGGAGGCGGCGGCGGCGGUAGCGGAAACAUUGGCGGCGGUAUCGGUGCCUCGGCAGCGCUAAAUUCCUCCUCGUUAUCGACACCUGCUGUUCAGGAGCUGAAAGCAUCGCCCACUUCGUCGUCGCUACCAUGGGAACCGCCGGAGGACGGCUCGGCCGUACCCCCACCCCAGAAGCGUACCAAAAGCUCCGAACUGUACCGCAAGCAGCACGGCCUCAGCCCGGACGAUCCGAUCCCGCUGGAGCACUUCCCCAUCGGACAGCACCCGUUAACCCGCGAACGUUCCAAGGACAAAAGCAAGGACCUCCGGAGCAAUGCCAGCAUCGCCGGUAGUGACUUCGAAGUGCGCGACCGGGACCGCAGUCUGGAGUCGCACAAAGAGUCUCUGCUCUCACAGGUACUGGAAGGCGGACCUACCCUGUCGGUGCCAUCGAAACACCCGGACCUGCCAUCAUUCCAGAAUGCCAUCGACGGUGAGGACUCGAACAGCAGCGACACGGCCGCUUCCGAUCACGGCGAUGACAUCGAGGGCAUCAACGGCAACGUCGAACACACCCGCCCGUCGUUCCCCUUCCUCGGCCUGCAGGGCAUCCCCGGGCUGAUACCGGGGCCCUCCGGUAUGCACGGGGACCAGUUCGUUUCUCGCCGUUCUUUAGAAAUGCGAGUUCGCGCCACAGACCCUCGACCGUGCCCCAAGUGCGGCAAGAUCUACCGUUCGGCCCACACCCUGCGCACCCACCUGGAAGACAAGCACACCGUGUGUCCCGGCUAUCGAUGCGUCCUGUGCGGAACCGUUGCCAAGUCCCGGAACUCGCUGCACUCGCACAUGUCUCGUCAGCACCGCGGAAUCUCCACCAAGGACCUGCCGGUUCUGCCCAUGCCUAGUCCCUUCGAUCCGGAACUUGCUUCGCGUCUGCUGGCCAAGGCCGGAGUCAAGAUUUCCCCGGCAGAACUGAGGGCACGAGCCUCGCCGACCGGAACGCGACGAAACGACGGCAGCAUGAAGCUGGAACUUCGAUCCGGAGCCGACGGCGAAGACUUUGACGAUCCCGAAGACCUCACCAUGUCCCAGCAGAGCAGCCACAGCGAAAGCCAGCGGCGCUUCCACGAGAGCAUGCUGGGCAUGUCACCGAACACGUUCAACCAUCCGAGCACGACCAUAACCCGCGUACGGCAGGCCGAAGGCGGCAAGCCCGGUAUGGACGGACGCGACGGAGGCAACAACGGAAACGGCUCCGGGAUGUCCAUGGCGGAUCGGCACGGCGGAGGACCGGGCGGAGGCGGCCCGAGUGGCGGCAUGAACCAAAUGCAGCCGAACACCCCGACUGGAUCGGCCAUCCUGGACACGUACCUGCAGUUCAUCACGGAGAGCGCUUUCGGUAUGGGAGGAAUGACCCAGGAACAGGCAGCGGCGGCCAUCCAAGCUGCCAAAUAUGCCCAACUGAAAGCCAUGGGACACAGUCUAGACCAGCUUCCACCGGGAUUUCUUCCGCCGCAACUCGACAUCGCCAAACUGACCGGAAACAGCCCGGGCUCGGACCACCCGCUAAGUAAACUGCAAUCCUCGCCAAACGUUACGAUCGAACCGGCUUCCAACCGCGACGAUCAGCGACACCUCCAACUCAGUGCACAGCAGAAGCUACUCUCCCUGGCAGCCGGCAACGGAAACCACAACCUGAACAACAACUCGAUACUGAAUAGCGACUCGAUCCGGCGCGGUGACUCCUCGGAACCGAUGGACCUGGGCCUGGACGGACCUCAGCAUCAUGUUAACGACGAUGGCAACAGCUCCGGAGACGAGCGGAAUUACUCCGACGAUGAAGGAGUCGGUACUAACUAAAGCUUAGUAUACUAUCGAACGGUAACCGUCGUAUACGCUCCGAACGAUAUACGAUAUACAACCCUCUAGCAGAAUUGAGAUCUGAUCUUGGAGGCGUCCUUCCAGUAAGGCGUCGAAAAUCAGCUGUAUCUACAAGUAUAUUUACUCUACCAUAAGGACCUAGGUUUUCUGUCUACCGACACCGGAAAAAAAGAACAAAUUUCAUGGAAGAAUGAGUAAAUUCACUGUGCCAUCCUUAAUUAAGUGAGUAUGAUAAAUGUGCUCUCGAAUAAAUCGACAAUGUGUAAAAAGUCCAUCCACCAGCGAACAACAGAAGACGCCCAUGUCGUCCGCAGGGAGCAAGAAUGCUACAAACUGCUCGUGAAUGUUAUACCUCAGGUUAUUUUUUUUUGUUUUAAGUUCCAAUUACUAGGAAUAUGUAGUGUUAAAGGGCAAAGCAAGUGUUAAGAGCAUUAUACAAAAGAAAACUGCAAUCCGUAACUUAAAAUACCUCAUAUUGAAGAAAAGGAAAACCGUUUAAUUUAAAACUCCUUUUACGACAUAAAGAAGAUCUUUCACAUUGUACUACUUAGUAAUAUUAAUACCAUUUUUACAAACAUACAAAUCAACCAGUUGAGACACAAUCCGUCAGUCUACCUCACAAGAUAGUUAGUGCAAAUAACAAUUUUAUCAGAAAACAACAUUCUUAUACAAUUAAUGGAACCAGUGGAACUACCAAUCGCCCAGUUCUAUCCUAAUCACAUUAAAAAGAAUGAAACGUAUACUUAUCUCCAGAGCAGAGACUUAAAUCCUCUGUAUACGCGUAAACUCUAUCCCGCUAUAUAUUUUCCCUCUUCGUAGAGUUUAAUUCAAGCACAAUGUAGAAGGCUAUAUUUGAAAACUUUCGAGGCACAAAAAUACGAAAUUUUAUCAAAACAAACCGGUUAUACGACUUGACUUUAGAACCAAUGUAUACUGCGACAAAAGCAAAUUUCAUUUUCCAUAUCCUACUUUUGAAUCAGUUUGUGGAAACUAUCUAUACGAUCCUCUAUAUCAAGAAAUCUUAAAGAGAACAACGCGAGUAUACGCAAAAAUAAGCAAAAAUACUUGUAUACCAACACAAACAAGUCUAUACGAUUUAUCAUCGAGCAAACAAGCAAACAAAAAUACGAUCCAACUGAAACCGAUACGAUAUCAACAAAAGUAUACUUGAAGGAAACACCCACACAAGCAUACGAGCAAUCCCUUUCUGUUCCGUUUUUCGUUUUAAUCUCGAACGUGCUUCCAAUCUCCGGAUAUUGCGCGCGUGGCGAAUCUCAACGUGGUUGUUACUUUACUGUUGCUAGAAUACUCAUUACCAAUAAACUACCUCCUAUUUAUAUACUACGAGAUGAUGACGAUGAUGAUAAUAGUCAUGUGUUUUACAAACUCCUCAGGGCGAACAACAAAGACACACUACCAUUUUUUUACCAGAACAAAAGAAACACAAGCGCAGUUAGAUAUACAAAAGCUGCAUCCUCUCACGCACAACAUUACACACAGUUACACCACAGCAAUACAUAUUACUGGUUAUUUAUACAAACAUAUGUGAUCCAUCUCUGUUACAAAUACAAAUAUUUUGAUUUUCUGCCAAGACACACACACACUCAUACUAGUGCAACACGAAACGGGUAAUUAUAUUAUGUUUCUUUUUUACUAAUGUUUAGCUAGUGUCCUUGUUUAACGGAGAACACGUUUUAGUUGUAGUUCAGACCACACACACCCACACACAUACACACCAUUCAAACUAGCAGCACAAAUGAAUCGUUUCCUUGGGUGUCGCAUCAGUACAUCUACGAAUGAUGCGCAUCAUGUUUAUAGUAAACAUUGUUCCGAUUUGAGCUGGGAAGAUUCAGGUUUUUUAUAGAUAUCAAUCGCUGAUUUCUCAAGAGCUCUCACACUUUUCCAAAUUUUAAAUUUCCUCGGCAAGUAUUUAAAAACUGCCAUUUUGCACAUCCCUGUUUUUCGAGUUUUACGCAAAAAUAAUGUCUUGAGCAUCCCUUAGAAUGAACUUUUCGAUAUGAAGUUCACUUCUAUUUAUUUAGGGAUGCUCGAUAAGCGUUAUUUAUGAGCGGUAAUAGAAAUGAAUAAGAACAAAAAAUUCAGAAUCUAAAAAAACUCAUUUUUAUGGGUAAUUCGGUAAUAAAUAUAAAAUAUAUUUGAGAGCAUCCAUACCCAUUAAAAAUCUUACAAAAUAAAAUGUUAGAUAUUGAAAUUUUAUAUCGUUCAACACGUGUUUCGAACGAGAGGAAAACAAAAGCUGGCUGCGUACUUCUUUGAACUUUUUUGGGAAGUUCAAAGAGGAUUUAAUUAAUGCCUUAAUUUUUGAUAAAGAUUCAACGAGAAAACUGAUCCUAUCCAGCCCAAAUACGGAACCAAAUUUGUACAAAUUUCACGGUCGCGUCUCCAAAAUAAAAAAGGCCAGACCAAACCAAGUAUUUAGAAUUUAAGGCGAAGAAGCAAUAGCGCGCGUAACUAGAAUCUGCAAAAAAAAGUAUUGAAUCUCAACCAGUUUGAAAUCUUCCGAAUCUCUAUCCAAACCUUUGGACCAACGCCAAAUGGAUUUAUCCUCUGGGACAAUGUACUUAAAAGAAUCACAAUAGCACUUCCUGUACAGAGAGCUAGCUUCCGGGUAAUUGCUUCCGAUUGAAAACUAAGCCCCCACAAAUCACUGUAAAUAGCUGAAGCAAACCUUUAUCGUUAGAUUCAAUAGUUGAAGUAUAAAGCUUUGAAAAUAAACGUUAUUGGCUAAGGUGAAAUUCUUGUAAUAGACAACAGAACAAACAAAAAAACUAUGUAGUGUUACUUAUUUGAUAGAUGUUUCCUUCGACGGAAUCAAGGUUUUCCGAACAACCGUGGAUACAAAAAAUAGCUAAAUUUUCAAUUAUAAGCACAAUUCGCGCGCGGAACGGCGUCACCGUAAGUGUGGCAUGUGUGCAUUCUAUUAUUUAAAACUCGUACGCUCUUUUGGUUAAUGUUUUCAGUUUGGAACGGAUCAAAUCAAAAUUUAUUAGGCGAGAAAACAAGAAAAAUUCAAUGAAUUUUUUAUUACGUUAUGUUAUUAUUACACGUUGUACUUACAUCAGGGUUUUGAAAGCUUUGAAGUUUAUAUCCGGCGCAAUUAUUUAUGUUUUCAAACGCUAUAACGCUACUCAAUAUGCUGCGAUUGAUGUGGAAAACUCAGAAACAAAUAUGCAAAAAAAAACCUGAUCUUGAAAAGGAAGAACAACUAGAAUAUGUAGAAUAAAUCAAUAGGAUUGCUAAGGGAAACAAAAGUUGUUGAACAUGAAUUGCUAAAACUAUUGCAGAAUAUUUUAUUGAAUGUGUGAUAGACUUACUCUAAAACGUGCAAGUUCAAACAAAAUGCCGAUUGCAGAGGAAUGAACAUCUGAACCACUACAAAGCGAAAACAUUAUUGGAAACUGUAUUUAGGAAGUAGUAGCUAAACAAAAUGAAUGUGAAAAGCGCAAAAUAAUGAAACUAUAUUUAAAACAAAAAUCUGUUCAGCGAAUAGAGCUACCACUUCUCGUAGAAUGUAAGAUAUUUUCUUUUUUAAGUUUUUUUUUAUAUAUAACUAAAACUCAGCCGUAAUUCAGAAUCAUAUAUAAUUUUCUCAGAGAAAAAUAUAUUUAAAAAUUAUAAUUUUUAUCUUGUUUUCUUUUUAUUUUAUCACCAAAUUCCCUCUUUCCGUUUUAACAUUUUUUCUCCUUCAACUUAUACUCCUUCUAAAGUUUUGCCAAUGCAAAUAGUUUAUAUAUUUCAGGGUGUGCCUUUUUUGAAAGAAAUUAAUCAAGUAAAGCUAAAACUGCAAUCCGCAAAGUGAAGUAAUCAGCUUUGGUCAAAAGUAAAUAGAAAAUAAAAUCAACAAGUUCCUAAAACUAAUAGAACACAGAAGCUAAUUUUUAUACAGCAAAAAGAAUUCAUGCCAGAACACUUUCUGCUAUUUUCCCUUAGAACGCGCGCAAAUAGUCAGUAGAAAAUUUUUCCUCCGGCAUUGAUGCAUUUUUACUAGAACUGGAUGACAAACUGAGAAGAGAGAGGCAAACGCGUUGAAGACAAUAAUGGUAAUAAGUUCUUGUUCACGGCACCGCACUGAUCGAUGGUGGCAAGAAAAAGUCAUGGCAUCAAGUGAUCCUGAAAAUUGUAAGAAAUCCAUUAAAUCAUAAACGGCUUCCGUUGCAGCUAAGCGAUUUUGCACGUCCCUUAAAAAUUACCUGCGUAGAUGCAAUUUUACCUCUUCAUAAUACUUUAAAAAACUGAGACGUUCAACAAAAAGCUGACGUCACUCUGGAAUCAAAGCAAACACCUAAACCGUGGUUUAAUCAUAAAUCUAGUGCAAUAUAAAUAAGCGUUUGGAGCGAUGCAGAAUGCUAACAAGAGUUCAAACUUCCUACAAAAGAAAUCAUAUUAUUCUGACCUGAUAUAGCAAAUCGAAUGUACAAUAAACCAUCCGUAAAAGAUCAACCGAAAGUUACUGAAAUAGUAACCACCUAGUACCGUUGUAUUAAAAGAAAAUGUUAUGAAGAACUUGCAGUGCAUGCUCGGGCAUGCACAGGCUUAAUAUAUCCAAGCUAGAGAAGAUAAACAAACCUCAAAAGGACCUCAUCUCAGUUCACCUAGUCGAAGGAACGAUAAAAUACAAAUCCCAGAUGUGUAACUGCUUCUUGAGUAUCAACCAGCUCUAUUAUGAUGAUUAUUAUUAUUAUGAUAAUUAUACUACAUCAAUACUGGAUAUGACACGUAAAUUAAGAGUAUUUGAAAUAAAUUGAUAAACAAUAUGCUGUUC